AUGAAUUUUAGUUCUCCAGUACUUAAUUUACCCCAAGAAGGAAAAAGAAAUAGAACGAAGCUAAUUAGAUUGCGAAAUGGACACUAUAGAAGAAUAGUUGAUGUUUCGAACAUAGAGGAUAUAAAAAAACUUACAGAUUUAUGUCGUUGUGUUUGUACAACCCCUCGAAAUGAUGAUUUAGAUAAACAAGAAAAAUUGGAAAAAGAGAAGAAAGACGAGACCUCAAAAGAUCAUGACGAAAAGAGUGAUUUUGUAGAGUCAGAAAUAGAACAAUCAUUUGACGUUGAGAUAAAAGAAGAUGACACAAUUGACGAUCAGUAUUCCAGAAGUAUUUCCUUAGUAUCUAAUGCACCCACAAGCAUAAAAGGUGAGACAGUUGUGCAACGUAGGAAAAUGUCUCAACUCGAAUUGACAGAAGAGGAAAGUAAUGAAGAAAUCAUAGAAUCGGCUGAUGAAGUAAAAGAAGAUCUACAAGAGGAAAAAGAAGAAAUAAAAGAGGAAAAAGAAAAAAUACAAGAGAAGAUUCCGCGUCCUGUCAGAAAAUUAAUAGAACCAUCUAAGACUCUGAUGAAAGGAAUUAAGACAAACAUUUACUUUCUAUCUAAUAAGGAAAUGGUGCAGACAACAAUGUGCUACAAUUAUAAUUGUAAUGCCGUAGUUUUUGAAAAAGAUACCUUUUUAAGGUACUUGUAUAUAAAAUCUAUCAGCAAUAUUAUACUAAAUGAGCGCAUGAUUGAAGAGCUGUGCAAACAGGAAGAUUUAAAGUAUGUCUUAUCAAGCAAUUCAAUAGUUAUUGAGUCAACUGAUUUUCUGAAGCCACUUAUUAUUGAAUUUGAAUCAUCUGUUACUAAGAAAGUAUUUGUUACGCAUAUAAAGUUUAAUGAAAGGAAUGAAAUAGAUAUAAAAAAAUACCAUGAAUACCUAAACGAAAUUAACAUUAAUGAAAAAUUACGUCUCCUGAAGGUUGAAAGAUUUCACUCCUUCAACAAGAUGGUCCAAAACAGAUAG